AUGAGAACAAUUUGCUGGGAGCCAAAAACGCAGUCGUUCACCUUCUCCCGUCACACUUCGGCACCAAGUUCAUCUCUAUCCACAACACCUUCGACCAGCACCAAAGAAAACAUGGUUUCCACUACCAUAGAGGAAGCAGAAGCUCUGAUACUAAAAUGGGACCCUGAAACCUCCGCGUACGGAAGAGUAACCUCUCUCUUCUACAACGACAAAGCUGAGGCCAUGCACUACAUCCACUGCGUUAACCAGCUUCAUGAAACCAUGCACGCUUUGCUUGCACAGAACCCGUCUUCACGGAAACUCGUCCUCGCACAAAAACUUAUGCAAAUGGCCAUGAAGAGGCUCCAGAAAGAGUUCUACCAGAUAUUAUCCAUGAGCCGGGCCCAACUCGAUCCCGAAUCCGUUUCCGCCAGAUCCUCCACCACCUCUAGAACCUCUUUCUGUUCCGAUAGCUACGAUGAAGGCACGGCGGAAGACGACGUUCGCGAUACAGGAGAUUGUAUCUCCAAAGUCGAACGCGUUUCCUCUGAAACCGUGGCGGUUCUCAAAUCCAUUGCCGACUGCAUGGUUUCCAACGGUUACGGCAAGGAAUGCGUCACCGUUUACACGACUAUGAGAAAGUCGAUCGUCGACGAAGGCGUGUAUCGCUUAAGCGUGGAGGAAUUGAGCGCUUCGAAGGUGAAUAAGAUGGACUGGGAAGUGCUCGAGUUGAAAAUCAAGGGUUGGUUAGAGGCCGUUAAGAUCGCCGUGAGGACGCUCUUCUCUGGAGAAAGGAUCCUCUGCGAUCAAGUCUUCGGUGCGUCACAAUCCAUCGCGGAAGCUUGCUUUGCCGAAAUUUCGAGAAGCGGAGCCGCUCUACUGUUCGGAUUCCCCGAUCUCGUUGUGAGAACGAAAAAAUCCCCGCCUGAGAAGAUCUUCCGAAUAAUUGAUAUGUACGCCACGAUCGCUUCACUGUGGCCGGAUAUUGAAUCGAUAUUCUCGUACGAUUCAACAACCGGGUCUAAAUCUCAAGCCUACGCUCUGCUUCUCCGACUCUCUGAGUCCGUACGAACGAGUUUCUUUGAAAUUGAGACCGCAAUUCAGAAAGACUCUUCCAAAGCUAUUUCAAAAUUCGCAGGCGUUCACCCCCUGACUGUGCAAGUAAUGAAUCACUUGUCUACACUCGCUGAUUACAGCAACGUGCUAUCUGAAAUUUUCUUCGACGUGCCGCCGCCAUCGAGGUCGCCGUUACCGGAAUCUUACUUGUACAGUCCACAAUCUGACAACUCCACGACAACGGCGACGGAAUUCUCGGUGCAGAUGGCGAGGCUGAUUCUAGUCCUUCUUUGCAAGAUCGACGGCAAGUCGAGGCAUUGCAAGGAGGUUUCGUUAUCUUACCUGUUUCUCACAAACAAUCUCCGGCACGUGGUAGCCAAGGUCCGAACCUCGAACUUGAUUUACGUUGUCGGCGACGACUGGGUUUUGAAUCAUGAGGCAAAGGUGAAGAAGUUGAUGGCAAACUACGAGAGAGUAGCAUGGGGCAAAGUGCUUUCGUCUUUGCCGGAAAAUACAGCGGCGGAAAUGUCGCCGGCGGAAGCGAGGGUUAUGUUCGGGAAUUUCAAUUUAGAAUUCGAGAAAGCUUACCGGAAAGAGAACGCGUUUAACAUUCCGGAGCAGGAAUUUCGUGAAGAGACGAAGGCGUCACUCGCGAGAAAAAUAAGCCCUAUGUACCGCGAGAUGUAUGAAACGCUCCGUAAUUCAGUGGGAUCGGUGAGGGAAAUGAGAGACCAUGUCAUAUUUACCCCUGAAGAUGUUGAGAAUUACAUGCUGAACCUUUUUCCCGCGGGAAGAUCAAGCUCCACUGAAGAAAACAGUUCAUUUUUUGUAAGAAAAAAAUUCUGUAAGAAAUGCAAAUGA